CAUUUCUUUUUUCCCCACCACCAACUCAAAACCAAAACUCCCAAGCGUCUCUCUCUCUCUCUCUCUCUCUCUCUCUCUCUCUCUGUGUAGUUUAAACUUUCAAGCAUCAAACCCUCAAAAACCCCAAACUGUCUACGAUUGAACAAAACGAAAAUGCAAGCGGUUUCGGUGCUGUCUUUGUCUCCCAGCUUCAAUUCGUACGAUUCGAAGAACGAAUUUGAAUACGCGCAGCUCUCUGCAAAUUUCAGCUCCAAGCUCAAAAUCGCUGGUUCCGGUAGCGAUUUCGAAUUCAAUGACACUAAACCCGUAGCUUUAGAUAACGAGAAGGAGAAGCCGGAAAUGGAAGAGAGCGAAGGUGUUCAGAACGCCGACGUCGGUGGUGAUUGCGAGAAGCACGAAGAUGAAGACGAUUUCUCUUUCGUCUGCACCAACCCCGACGGAUCGCCGAUUUCCGCCGACGAUAUAUUCCAAAAUGGCCAGAUCCGUCCGGUGUAUCCGAUUUUCAACCGGGAUCUCCUGUUCGCCGACGCCGACGACGGCGGUUCUUCCAGAGCCAGAGGGGCUGCCGCUUCGUCUUCCUCUCUGCGGCCCCCAUUGAAGAAGCUCUUCUUCGAAGAGCGGGAUACGCCGUCGUCCUCGGCGUCCGAGUCGGACGAGCUCGAAGGAGUCCCCGAAGGAACGUACUGCGAGUGGUCCAGGAAGCCCGUGGUGGUUGCGCCGGAGCUCAAGAACAAGAGCAAUUCGACGGGGUCGUCGAAGCUGUGGAGAGUCAGAGACUUGAAGCUCCGGAGCAACAGCGACGGGAAAGACGCGUUCGUGUUCCUGAACCCUAAUUCGACGACGAGGAGCCCAAAGCCAAGCCAGGAAACGGCCGAUAACAAGAGCGGCGCUAAGAUUGUGAAGACGGUGGAAAAGGUUAAGGGGAAGGCUAAGAAAGCCGAAACGGUUUCGUCGGCGCACGAGAAGCAUUACGUAAUGAACCGAGCGAAGAAGGAGGGGGAUAAACGGCGGUCGUACUUGCCGUAUAGGCAGGAUCUGGUUGGGUUCUUCACCAAUGUGAACGGCUUGAGCAGAAACGUUCAUCCUUUCUGAGGGCUCACCCGUCAUUAACCAUUUAUUUAUUUAUUUUUGUUUACUCAUUGGAGUUUUUUCAUUGAUUAAUUAAUUAAUUAAUGUAAAUUACUGGAGACGGAUGAAAUGGUAUUUUCCAUUAGGAACCGCAAUAUGUAUAUUUUCUUUUCAAAGGAACGACGCGUUAUUAGAAACGACGCAAUAUGUA